UUUACCUUUUAUAGCCACAAACAGUGAUUCCCUUUCCCUCUCCUCCCUUUUGUUUCCGGAAUCCAAAAUAUAUUCAAAUUCAGUUCAAUCCACAAAACUUCCCACCCAAGAGAAGAGAACACAAAAGGCCUACCUAUAUAUAACUGUGAAGCAUCAGAUAUUUUUGUGUCUGUCUUCCAAAUAGAAAAUUCCAUUGUAAGAAGAUGUCUGCAACAGGAGGUGGUGGUGAUGGUCAGGGGGAAGAGAAGAAACCAGGGGAUCAGUCAGCCCACAUUAACCUCAAAGUCAAGGGUCAGGAUGGCAAUGAGGUUUUCUUCAGAAUCAAGCAAAGCACCCAGUUGAAGAAGCUCAUGACUGCUUACUGUGAUCGGCAGUCUGUCGACAUGAACUCGAUUGCCUUCUUGUUUGACGGCCGUAGGCUCCGGGCAGAGCAGACUCCAGAGGAGCUGGAGAUGGAAGAUGGUGAUGAGAUUGAUGCAAUGCUGCACCAAACUGGAGGGUGGGCGUGAAAUCUUCUUCCUUGUUUUUUUUAAACUGCAAAUUGGGUAAAUCUAAUACUUUGUUCUUACUAGGGAACAUUCAAUCUAUAUUUAAAAGAAAAUGUAUGUGAAUUUGAGGUUUCUUUGUGUAUUUCCGACUUUGUAUUUGGCUAAUGGGAACCUCUCACAACCCGAAAAAUAAUAGGGUUGAGUAUUGAAAUAAAUAUUGGGGUUAAGAUUGAAUUUCAUGA